CUGAGAAUGUGGAAAACUUCAGGUUUUAGGGUUUCUACGGCCUAGGUAUGAACAAGGAGAUGCAAGUGCGAAGGCGCAUCGCGAGCAUCUACAACAAGCGCGAGGACAAUUUCGCGUCCCUCAGAGACUACAAUGACUACCUGGAAGACGUAGAGGACAUCAUCUUCAAUCUGGUCCAAGGCAUCGAUGUGGCUGAGACGGAGGCCAAGAUCAAGGCGUACAAUGAGGAAAACUACGAGCAAAUCCUCGCAUCCAGAGCUCGCAAAGCUGUGGAGAUUAGCACCGCUCUCCAGCAAGAGCAAGGCUUCACUGAAACGAGAGAAGCCAUAGAACAGGGACCGUCUGGAGCGUACGCGCCGGCAGUGGCGGGGAUGUUGAUGCAGCAGCCAACGAGGCAGCCCGAGCCGAUUGGGCACAGCCUGCUCAACGGUGGCGCGGCCGAGGAUCCAGAGGCGCAGAGGAUUCGAGAGGAGCGAGCCGCCAUCGCCGGGGGCUGGUCCAUAGACUGCUGCCACAGGAGGGAUCUCACGGAAGCUUUCUCCAGCUUGUGGGUCAACUAGAGACAAGAGAAGAACUGCUGCUCAAUGGAUGAAGUAGCAGUGUUCUUGAGAGCCAGCUCUCGUUGGAUAGCCCCCUUUUCCAUUUUUUCUUCAACUCUUCUACAACUUCUAGGCUCACAAUACCAUAGCCUUUCAUUAGCCCAAAAAGCUGACAAAGGUAGAACCUACAGAACAGACCGUUUUUCUUUUAAACAUUCACUCUACCUUACUUCUCUGAAGGUAAACUGUCCCGCUCGCUCGUGGGCAUUCCUUUGUUGUCACAACCAGCCUUAUAUAACCAGUGGAACACCAUUCUUUGAGUU